GGCGAGGGCGAGGCGUGCGCGCGCCGCGACGCGAUGGACUUCGGCGACGACGUCAUGGACGGCUCCGACGGCCAGCACCGGAAGAAGAGAUACCACCGCCACACCCCGCGCCAGAUUCAGCAGCUCGAGGCGAUGUUCAAGGAGUGCCCGCACCCGGACGAGAACCAGCGGAUGCAGCUGAGCAGGGAGCUGGGGCUGGAGCCCCGGCAGAUCAAGUUCUGGUUCCAGAAUCGCCGGACGCAGAUGAAGGCGCAGCACGAGCGGCAGGACAACUGCUUCCUCCGCGCCGAGAACGACAAGAUCCGGUGCGAGAACAUCGCCAUGCGCGAGGCGCUCCGCAACGUCAUCUGCCCCACCUGCGGCGGCCCGCCCGUCGCGGACGACUACUUCGACGAGCAGAAGCUGCGCAUGGAGAACGCGCGCCUCAAGGAGGAGCUUGACCGGGUGUCGAGCCUGACGUCCAAGUACCUGGGGCGGCCCUUCACGCAGCUGCCGCCGGUGCAGCCGCUGUCCAUGUCGUCGUCGCUGGACCUGUCCGUCGGCGGGCUGGGCAGCCCGGCGCUGGGGCCGUCGCUGGACCUGGACCUCCUCAGCGGCGGCUCCUCGGGGUACCACCACCCGGCGUUCCACCUCCCGACGGCGGUGUCCGAGAUGGAGCGGCCCAUGAUGGCCGAGAUGGCGACGCGCGCCAUGGACGAGCUCAUCAGGAUGGCGCAAGCCGGCGAGCAGCUCUGGGCCCGGACCGGCGGCCCCGACGGGCGCGAGGUGCUCAACGUCGACACGUACGACAGCAUAUUCUCCAAGCCCGGGAGCUCGUUCCGCGGCCCCGACGUGCACGUCGAGGGGUCCCGCGACUCGGGCCUCGUCUUCAUGAGCGCCGUCGGCCUCGUCGACAUGUUCAUGGACUCGAGCAAGUGGAUGGAGUUCUUCCCCGCCAUCGUGUCCAACGCCCGUACGAUCGACGUCCUCGUGAACGGCAUGGCCGGGCGGAGCGAGUCGCUGGUUCUGAUGUACGAGGAGCUGCACGUGAUGUCGCCGGUCGUCCCGACGCGCGAGCUGUGCUUCCUCCGCUACUGCCGGCAGAUCGAGCACGGGCUGUGGGCGGUCGCCGACGUGUCAGUGGACCUGCAGCCGCGCGACGCCCGGUUCGGCGCGCCGCCGCAGCCGCCGCGCUCGUGCCGCCUCCCCUCGGGCUGCCUCAUCGCCGAUAUGGCCAACGGCUACUCCAAGGUGACAUGGGUGGAGCACAUGGAGGUCGAGGACAGGGUCCCCAUCCACCUCCUCUACCGCGACCUCAUCCUGAGCGGCGCCGCGUUCGGGGCGCACCGGUGGCUCGCCGCGCUGCAGAGGGCGUGCGAGCGCUGCGCGUGCCUCGCCACUGCCGGGAUGCCGCCCAGAGACAUCGCAGGAGUGACGCCGGAAGGGAACCGGAGCAUGAUGAAGCUGUCGCAGCGGAUGGUGAGCGGCUUCUGCGCGAGCCUGAGCGCGUCGCAGCUGCAUCGGUGGACGACGCUGUCGGGGCCCAACGACGUGGGCGUCCGCGUGAUGGUGCACCGCAGCACGGACCCGGGGCAGCCCAGCGGCGUGGUGCUCAGCGCCGCCACGUCCAUCUGGCUGCCGGUGCCCUGCGACCGGGUGUUCGCCUUCAUCUGCGACGAGAACACGCGCUCUCAGUGGGACGUGCUGUCGCACGGCAACCCCGUGCAGGAGGUGUCGCGCAUCCCCAACGGCUCGCACCCUGGGAAUUGCAUCUCCUUGCUACGAGGCCUGAACGCGAGCCAGAACAGCAUGCUGAUCCUGCAGGAGAGCUGCACCGACGCGUCGGGGUCGCUGGUGGUGUACGCGCCGAUCGACAUCCCGGCGGCCAACGUGGUGAUGAGCGGCGAGGACCCGUCGGCGAUCCCGCUCCUGCCGUCGGGCUUCACCAUCCUGCCCGACGGCCGGCCGGGCGCGUCGCCGUCGUCGUCGUCGAGCGCCGGCCCGCUGGGGUCCCCGCCGGCGGGGUCGCUGGUGACGGUGGCGUUCCAGAUCCUGGUGAGCAGCCUGCCGUCGUCGAAGCUGAACGCCGAGUCGGUGGCCACGGUCAACAGCCUCAUCAGCACCACGGUGGAGCAAAUUAAGGCGGCCUUGAAUUGUGCCAGCCAUUGAUGGUGGAUCCACGGAGUUGAUGCGUGCAUGCAUGCGUUGCCCUUGCACCUGCUGCCCGGCCUGGCCUGCGUAGGUCUCCCACCCGACCCCCGGCCGCCUGCUGCGAGGAGUGAAUUCUCCUUCAAGGCGUUUGGUUCGCGAUGGAGGAGCUGCGCUCUUGGUUGGUUGGGGGGCUUCAAUGCUUGCUUGCUGCCCAUUCAUGGAGCCGGGGCGGGGCUGCUCAGCCCUGCCAUCAUUGAUUCAACUCUCCUUCUCCCUCUGCCACCCAUGCAUGCAUGGUAACUUUUCCUCUUGCUCUAUGCCUCUAGGUGUCCAGUCUCUCUGUGUUACAGGGUUUGAAGCUUGCUUGCUUUUCGAGGCUUUGCAUGAAACGGAGGAGUCAAGAACGCACCAUGCUCGCCUCAUUCCUCUUGCUGCCGUCAGCUGUUCUGUUUCUCUCUUUCCCUCCCCUCAUCCCUCCAUAGUUUUUUGCCAUCCAUUUGCACCGCCCCCAUUAUUCUAGUUUGUAGCCGCAGCAGAGGAUGAUGAAUGGUUCGGGUAUUGACUUCUGUCUAUUGGUGUUAAAGCCUUCAUGAACAUUGAAUCUUUCUCUCUUUUUUCAGUAAAGUUAGUAUAAUCUAAGGGAAGUAUCACUACCAUUCAGUGCUCUGAUUGUUUCUUCUUGUUCUUCCCCCCUUUCACUCACUGCUGCAUCAAUUUGAUGGCUUGUUUGGCUCGUGGAACCUGUCAUGUUUGCCGGUAUGAGCCAGCAGCCGCUUGUCGAUUUCUGAACAGGCUUUUGUGAUGUGCGCUACCACUCUUCUUCCUA